AUGGAACGUACAAUGCAUUCAAGGGCUUCUCAGCCACUCAGAAUCCUCUCGCUCGACGGUGGUGGAAUUCGGGGCAUCUCGAGCCUAAUGAUUCUACAGAGAAUCAUGGAAGGGAUCCGCGAUGCUCAUCAGCUCAACUAUGUCCCACGCCCGUGUGAUCAUUUCGACUUGAUUGGGGGUACAAGCACUGGGGGUAUCAUCGCUAUUAUGCUAGGUCGGCUCGGAAUGACCGUGGAUGAAUGCAUUCGAGCGUACCGAAAGGUUGCAGAACGUGCUUUUACUCCGAAAGCACAUGCCAUUAUCCCAGCGCGCCCCGAUGGAGCUUUCUCUGCCCGUGCACUGGAGGAGGCUAUCAAGCAGACUGUUACAGAGUUCUGCACAAAUAGAGAAUGUGUGAGCCGUCGGCGCAAUAGUCCCUCUGGAACUCGAUGCGAACACUCUGAUCUCCCCUUCCGCGAUCAUUCGUGCACGAAAACGGUUGUUUUUGCUGUCAUGAAGGCCGAUGUCAACGCGGAACCUACGCUUUUCCGGACAUACAACAAUUCAAAUGCAUUGGAUGGUUGCGCUAUUUGGGAGAUUGCCCGCGCCACGUCAGCUGCGAGUACGUUCUUCAAGUCAAUUAAAGUUGGUCGAGACAAGAUCGAGUACAUUGAUGCAGGAUUCGGCUACAACAACCCAUGCGACAGGCUUAUUGCAGAAGCUAAGGAGGUGUUCCCUGGCCGGAGUGAUCUACAGAUUCUGAGUAUCGGAACCGGACUUGGAAACGCGGUCUGUAUAAAGAAUAGUCGCAUGUCAAUUAUUGAGGCACUGAAGAAAAUGACUACAUCCUCCAAUAGGGUAGCCGCCAGCUUGGAUGAUCGAUAUGGCGACAAUGGCCAGUAUUUUCGAUUCAAUGUGGAACGUGGUCUCGAGGAUAUUAAGUUAUCAGAUUGGGAACAGACUAGCAAGAUUUCCGAACACACUAGGGAUUAUCUGCGCGAGAAUUCCAAGGGAAUUGAGAAAUUUGUGAAGACAUUUGGGGCAAGGGGUGAGCAGGAUGGGCGGGGUUAUGAUCGGGUUAUGAAUAUUCCCUUGGUAAGCCCUGUUUAA